UCGGGAGUUUGUCAAUGUUGGCUCACCAGUCCACGAGCAAAAACAAUCUUCUAGGCACCAUACCUUCCUCUUUGGGCAAGUUGGAAUGAGUGCAGAGAGAGGUUAUACCGAGGCAAUUAGGUCUUCUCUACAGGGUGAUUUUGGGUUGGUCAGGUUCAUGCCAGGAGCUGCUAGGGAGCUGAUUUCUGUGCUGACAAGUUCUAUUGGAGUAAAAGAAUCUCCUGGUUAUAUUGCACCCGUAGAUGAAUUCUUAUCGGUGCAAAGUACGGAGCGGAGGCUGAGGUGUCAACUCAUGGAGAUGUUCACAGGGAAGAGGCCCGCCGAUGACAUGUUCAGUGAUGGGCUGAACCUUCAUCUCUUUGCCAAGGCAGCCUUUCCGGAGUGAGUUCUGCAGAUAAUUGACUCUGUCUUGCUCCGGGAGAGUCACGACGAGGAUGAUGGCCGCAACAUCAGGAGAACUCGAAGGAGCCACGACAGGUUCCUUAAGAUUCAAGAGUGUCUGGUCUUGAUAAUGGAAAUAGGAUUGGUCUGUUCUUCCGAAGUUCCAAGUGGCAGGAUGAGCACGAGAGACGUUGUAGCUGCUAUGUAGGCAAUUAGGAAGAAGCUUACCAGAAGCUGAGGAUAUUGAAGACAGUAAAAGAUACAGUCUAUGUUUACAUCUAAAUGAGUGUACUUUCACUUUGUUUUAAGAAUGUAUUUGGUAAGUUGUAAUGUUGUGGUUCGACUCUAAUUCUACUAUUACAUAUGCUUGCUUUUUCUCAUGAGUUGAAUGUUGUGAUGUUGUUUGAUUUCU